UUGUUUUUUUGUUUGCCGGAGUCAAGCGGGUGCUGCUAGCGGAGGCGCCAUAUUGGAAGGGACAAAACUCCGGCGACAGCGAGUGACACAAAUAAACCCCUGGACCCCUUCGUUCCCCCAGCUCUAAGGGCCGCGAUGUUGUACCUAGAGGACUAUUUGGAAAUGAUUGAGCAACUUCCCAUGGACCUGAGGGACCGCUUCACGGAGAUGCGCGAGAUGGACCUGCAGGUGCAGAAUGCAAUGGAUCAGCUAGAGCAAAGAGUCAGUGAAUUCUUUAUGAAUGCAAAGAAAAAUAAACCUGAGUGGAGAGAAGAACAGAUGGCAUCCAUCAAAAAAGACUAUUAUAAAGCUUUGGAAGAUGCAGAUGAGAAAGUACAGCUGGCAAACCAGAUAUAUGACUUGGUAGAUCGACACUUGAGAAAGCUGGAUCAGGAACUGGCUAAGUUUAAAAUGGAGCUGGAAGCUGAUAAUGCUGGAAUUACAGAGAUAUUAGAGAGGCGAUCUUUGGAAUUAGAUACUCCUUCACAGCCAGUGAACAAUCACCACGCUCAUUCACAUACUCCAGUGGAAAAAAGGAAAUAUAACCCAACUUCUCACCAUACAACAACAGAUCAUAUUCCUGAAAAGAAGUUUAAAUCUGAAGCCCUUCUAUCUACCCUCACAUCAGAUGCCUCUAAAGAAAAUACUCUGGGUUGUCGCAAUAAUAAUUCCGCAGCUUCUUCCAACAAUGCUUACAGCGUGAAUUCUUCCCAGCCUCUGGCGUCUUAUAACAUUGGCUCGUUAUCUUCAGGUAGUGGUGCAGGGGCAAUUACCAUGGCAGCCGCACAAGCAGUUCAAGCUACAGCACAGAUGAAAGAAGGACGAAGGACUUCAAGUUUAAAAGCCAGUUAUGAAGCAUUUAAGAAUAAUGACUUUCAAUUGGGAAAAGAAUUUUCCAUGCCCAGGGAUGGAGCUGGCUAUUCCUCAUCUUCGGCACUCAUGACAACGCUGACACAGAACGCCAGCUCGUCAGCAGCUGACUCCCGUGGCGGGCGGAAGAGCAAGUAA